AUGAGAGACUUUGAAGAGAAUAGCGAGUUUGACAUCUACUUUGAAGACAUCACGAACAUCAGCGAUAAUGUUGGACAGAAUAUACGUAUAACCAUGCAUUUAAAAAGACGUCCUCUGUUCUACAUCUUCAACAUCCUGCUUCCCGUGGUCCUCCUCUUCUUCCUCAACACCUUCGUGUUCCUGCUGCCCUCACAGAGUGGAGAGAAGACCAGCAUGGCCGUGUCUGUCCUCCUCAGCUUCCAGCUGUUUCUGUCCAUCAUCAGGGACUCCCUGCCUGAGAACUCUCUCACCGUCAGCCUCUUCAGCAUCUACGUGUCUCUGGCCAACUCCACCAGUGUCAUCAUCGUCGUUGUCAACAUCCUCCUCCUCAAAAUGAAAGAUAUGCCACCGCCGAAAUGGAUCUUAAGAAGGUGCCAGAAAGACUCUGCUUCAAACAAAGUUGAUGUUGUAAGUGGCAAUGUUGAGGAUGACGAAAGUGGCAAUGUUGAGGAUCAAAAGCAGGUAAGGCCAGAGUGGGCAGAAAUUGAAACUAAACUAAACAAGACCUGUUUUGCAUGCUUCUUUGUGUUUAGUAGUAGUGUAACAGCCGUGAUUCUUGGGAUGCUGACUAGAUAA